AAAAAAGCUUAGUAAUCAAAAUUAUUUUCCGAUGGUUGUACAACAAACAUUAAAUAGUAUAAAUAUAGCAGUGCUGAUCGGAUUUCAUUACCCAGUCAUGUCUCCUAACAAUAAUAAAAAAUCUCAAAAAAAUAUUAAUUAUCCUAAUGAAUCUUCAAGAAGGAGAAUUUUACAUCAUACCAAGAUAAUAGAAUCAAAAGAGCAAUAUGACAACGAUUAUGAUUCAACUACGACUUUACAUGGUUUUCACACUUCACAUGAUAAAGAAAAAGCCACAUCUAUUAUUCGAAUUGGUGAUGUUUCUUUAAGAGUUACCGAACCAAAAUGCCCUGAAUUGGUUCCUCAUUACAUUGAUCCACUUUUUGAAGAAUCGCAAGAAGUUCUUAGACAUUUAAGAUGGAUAAUGCAAAAAGACAAAUUGGGACAAGAUAUAUUUCUCAUUGGACCUCCCGGAAAUUUGCGUAGAGGACUUGUUUUAAAGUAUGCUCAACUUACAAAUCGAGAAAUUGAAUAUAUCCCUUUAUCAAAGGAUUGUACUGAUUCAGACUUAAAACAACGUCGUGAGAUAUCUGGAGGCACGGCAUAUUACGUAGAUCAAGCUUGUGUUAGAGCUGCUACUAAUGGUAGAAUAUUAAUUUUAGAUGGUAUUGAAAAAGCCGAAAGAAAUGUUUUGCCGAUAUUAAAUAAUUUAUUGGAGAACAGAGAAAUGUCAUUAGAGGAUGGGAGAUUUUUAGUGAAUCCAAAACGUUAUGAUUCUUUAGCAAAAACGAAUGAUAAGAACGUCAUGGACAAAUGGAAACUUGUAAGAGUAUCAGAUCGAUUUAUUGUUAUGGCUUUAGGCCUACCAGUCCCGCCUUAUGUUGGACAUCCGCUUGAUCCUCCACUUAGAUCAAGAUUUCAAUCAAGAGAUGUAAAACCACCUGGAUUUGAUUCUCAAAUUAGACAUUUAAAGAAAUUGGCACCUCAUGCAAAUUCGGAGUUAGUUGAACGAUUAGUAUCAGUAGCAACUGUUCUUGGAUCAAUGUCAUUUGAUGAUGGAGGAGGAAUUGAGAUUCCUGAAUUUUCUAUUUCGGUCGAUACAAGUGUUCUUGUAUUGCAAAAUUUUCCACAUAUUAAGCCAAGAUUUUUGUUGGAUUCGUUAUAUCCAUGGCCAUUGUUACCAACUUGUACUGCUGAACAAAGGAGUGUUAUUGAAGCAACUUAUCAUCGUUUUGGAGUGCUUGGUUUUGAAAUUGUCAAAAAAUCAACAAAAUUCAGUAGUGAAACCGAACAAGAUAUUUUAUUUCAAUGUAUGCCAGGAUAUAAUGUCACUGACAUAAAAUUGUCAGAAUGUAAGGAGAAUACUUUACUUGACGGUUCUCCUAUUCAUAAGAUUGAUUUAAAUUUCCAUCCUGAAAUUGAAGGUGAAAAAGACCAUUUAGUUCAAGUUUUUGGUGGUGGUGAAGAUCCUUCAACUGCAGAUUUUUUUGUUGAAACCAACUAUCAUAGAAGUAUGUUUAAUUCUAUGUUGAUUGCUCAUACUGUGGGUGAUUUUUGUGUUCUUGGUGGAAAAGGUGUUGGUAAAAGUGCAUUGAUAAGACAUUUUGCCAUAAAUCUUGGUUAUAAUAUUGAGUAUAUUCCGUUAUAUAAGGAUAUGUCUGCUCGUGAUCUCUUACAACGUCGCAGCACAACUUUUGCCGGUGAUACAGUUUGGGAAAAUUCGUCCUUAGUGAAAGCAGCAUUGUCUGGUAGUCUUGCUAUUAUGGACGGUAUUGAUACACUUUCAUUUGGAACAAUAGUAACAUUGCAACGUUUGAUCAAAGAACGUGAAAUAUCACUUCCUGAUGGAUCACAAUUAAUUCACCCUGCUAGAUAUCAAAAAUUAGGACAAGAUUACGGGCUUACAAAAAAACAAUUGGACGAAAAGAGAAUUUUUUUUAUUCACCCAGCAUUCAGAAUUGUAGCUUUAGGACGUCCUUUUAGUGGUGGAAGUGAUGAAGGGAGACCUGGUUCUUGGUUGUCACCAGAAAUUGUCUCAAUGUUUCAAUUUAUUGUUGUCCGUCCAUUGGAUUAUCAAGAGGAGAUGCAAGUUCUUGAAACUUUGUCUCCUGGAAUAGAUGCUAAUAAUCUUUCGUUAUUGUUGAGAUUUGCAAAUCGCCUUCGUAGAGGUUCCGAUGAAACUGUAAAGACCCUUUCUAAUUCACUUUCCACACGACAACUUAUUAGAAUUUGCCGUAGACUUGCAUUGUUUCCAAAUGAUAGUUUGUAUGAAGCGAUUCACAGAGUUUCACUUUCGAGGUUCUUGCCAUCUUUGGCUAAAACAGCAUUAGAAGAGUUGAUGGCAGAUAAUGGAAUUUUACCUCCAAAGAAAAUGGUUAAUGUCGAACAGUUAAAUAUCGAAGUACUUCCUUCGAAGUCAAAUCCUCAAAUAUUGAAAAUAGGAAAUGUUGAAGAACCCAUAACAAAGGAUUCUAACCCACUCUUAAUUCCUAAUAUUGUUUUCCAUGAAAAUCCUAAACAGACAGAAAUUCUCAUGCAAAUGUUACAAGAUUAUCAAUUAGGUGAACAUUUGUUGUUAAUUGGUAAUCAAGGGGUAGGAAAAAAUAAGUUAGCAGAUUACUUUUUACAAUUGUUGAGAUUGCCUAGAGAAUAUAUACAGUUACACCGUGAUACAACAGUGCAGAGUUUAACAUCCACACCUUCUAUAGUGGAUGGUGUAUUGCAAUUUGAAGAUUCUCCUUUAGUUAAGGCCGUUAAAAAUGGCUAUAUAUUAGUAGUAGAUGAAGCAGAUAAAGCACCAACUUACGUGACUGCUGUGCUGAGAAAUCUUCUAGAAGAUGGACAAAUGGUUUUAGGUGAUGGGAGAAGAAUAGUAUCUUCAGUAUCAUCCAAAAAUACUAAGGAAGAAUGUAUUGUCAUACAUAGGAAUUUCAGGAUGAUAGUGUUGGCAAAUAGACCAGGAUUUCCUUUUCUUGGUAAUGAUUUCUAUAGAGAAAUCGGGGAUGUUUUCAGUUGUCAUGCUGUGGACAAUCCUGAUUCAGAAUCUGAAAUAUUUUUAUUGAGAAAAUAUGCACCAGAUAUUUCUGAAGAUCUGCUUCUUAAGUUAACAGCUGCAUUCGGGGACUUACGAAAGUUAGUAGAUGAAGGAUUAAUUUCUUAUCCAUACUCUACGAGGGAACUGGUUAAUAUUGUUAAACAUAUGCAGCAAUAUCCUGAAGAAGGAAUUUCACGUAUAUUACAAAACGUUUUUGAUUUUGAUCAAUAUGACAAAGAUUCGAAGGAUCUUUUAAUUGAAGCUUUUCAGAAACAUGGAAUACCAGUUGGAUUAGAAUCCGAUUUUUCAAUUAAAUUGGGGAAAAGAAUUCCAUUAAGUGAACCAAUUAUUACUGAAAUUUGGACACAGUCAAAUUCAGAAAGUAAAAUUUGUGAAGUUAAACAAGAACCUAUAAUAUUUAGUGGAUGGGAAAUUCAAGUUAGUGAACCAAAAGAGCUUGAUCGGACUGAAGGUCGAAUUGUGACUUUUACCGAGCAAAUUUACAGCUUUAAGAUUCCAACUCGUGGUGAGGCACUUGAUAUAGCAGCACUUCCAGAUGGAUCAUUGUUUGUAGUUACGACGAAUCCUGUAACUUUACAUGCAAUUGACCAAAAUCACCAAAAAGUCAGGAGUAUCGAUAUGUAUGAGUUCUUCCCAUUACAAAAAGCUUCGCCAAGAUUAAGAAUAGCAAUAGUGCAAACGCAAGAAACAUGGUAUUUAAUAUUACAUAAUCCAACCGAAAAUUCAUUACUUUCUAUUGAUUUUGCAAGAAAUUCAGCAGUUGUAAUAACGUUACUUAUCAAUAAAAUCAUGUUGACGGGAUUAAACCCUGUUAAAUCAAUUAUGCUAAGAGAUUAUGAGUCAAAUGGAAUUUUAGUUUUUUACCAAGUUGAAAGAUCAAUUGUUCUUAUGUUGGAUUUCAAUUCUAAUACACAGCAUACUAUUGAAGUUCCAAUUAAAAUUUCACAUCUAUAUUUAAUUAGACCAGAUGUAUGGAUAAUGAGAGAUUGUUCAAACGGAAACUAUCAUCUUAUAUAUAAUGAUGGACAAUCUACUAAUAAUAUUAGAGUUCCUAACUUGAUAAAAAAUAUUAACGUUAAAGGAUUAAUUAAAUCCAAACCGGAAAUAAUAACUUAUUUAUCACAAAAUGGUGUGCCUUAUCCUAAUGUAUCAUCUGCUAGGUUCUUACAUAACGAAAAUGAUUCUAAUGCCUUAUCUAUUAUAACAAAUAUACCUGAAAAGUUAUUGAAUAAUCCAUCAAAUGAAGCUAAAGCUGAAAUUAUCUCAUAUAUGAGAGAAAGCGGAGAUGACGGAAGAAAUUAUUACAAGAAUUUAACAAAUUCUUCGGUAUUUUUGGAAAAAUCUGGACAAUUGGCUACUAUUAUUCCAUUAAAAGAUGGGAGAAGUGAAGGUUAUUUAGAGCUAUUUAACCCUGUACAGAACACAUUAUGGAGAGUUACAAUGCCAUUAGCCAUUCCUGAUGUUGGACUAAUUAAAAAAGAUCCAGCAUUAAACGCUAUUGGAAGUCCCUAUAUAUUCUUCGAGAGAAUGGCUGCAGCUAUGUUGGAAUUACCUAAUGGUGAUUUAUUAACUAUGGAUAUUAGUGGUGUUGUAAGAAUAUGGCAAGUUGAUGCUGGUCAAUUAAUAAAUGCUGCAAAAACUUGGAGAAAACUUGUUGGGUCUAUUGAUCAACGUACUUUAUCUAUCAUAUAUGAAGAUUCUGAGGGAAAUGUAAUCUCGGAACAUAUAGAGAAUGAUGGUUUGCAGGAUAGAAGUUCUGGUAAUGGAAGUGGUGAGGGAAAUGGAAACGGAAAUGGAGGCUCUGGCGGUGGUGGUACGGGUGGUGGUGCAGGUGAUGGAGGAGGAGACCAAUUGAAUUUGGAGGGUCGAGAACCUACUUUUAUUGAUGUUAGUAACAUGGAAAUUAGAACUGAAGCCAAACCACCUCUUGAACUUACUGAUGCUCAAAGAGAAUUACAUGAAAUAUCUAUGCAAAAACGCCGAGAACAAAUUAAUAUGACACAAGCAGAUUCUGAAAAAUUUAGAUCAUAUUUAACAAAUGUUCAACGUGAAAUUCGUGAAUUGCGUGUAAUUUUAGAAAGUAUUGAAUCAAAAAAUAAAGAACGCGUUUGGUUGAAGAAUCAAAGUUCUGGUGAUGUUGAUGAUACAAAAUUAAUUGAAGGGUUAACUGGCGAUAGAAAUAUUUACAAGAGGCGUGGUGAAAAUGAUCCCGAAAUUGGAUUCUUUCAACAACAUCCUAAAAAAAUGUAUUUCUUAUUUGAUUUGAGCGCAAGUAUGUAUCGAUUUAAUUCACAUGAUCGACGAUUGGAACGAUCUAUGGAAGUUGCACUUAUGAUUAUGGAAUCAUUUAAAUCAUUUGAGCAUAAAUUUCAAUAUAGAAUUAUUGGACAUAGUGGAGAUGGACCUAAUAUAGAGUUAGUUAAGGAAGGAAAAUAUCCUCGUACAGAAAAAGAAUCAUUGAAAAUUAUAAAUCAAAUGUUUAAUCAUUCACAAUUUUGUCUAAGUGGAGAUAAUACGGUUAGUGCUACCGCUUAUGCCAUUAAAGACAUUGUGAAAGAGGAAGCAGAUGAUUAUUUUGUAGUUGUACUUUCUGAUGCGAAUAUUCAACAGUAUAGAAUUAAUCCUGAAGAUAUAGCGAAAGCAUUGAAUGCAGAUGAAAGAGUAACUUCAAGUAUAAUAUUUAUUGGUUCUUUGGCAGAUCAAGCAGAAAAGCUAAAAAAGUAUCUUGGAAAUAAGGCACAUAUUUGUAUGGAUAAUAAAGAUUUACCAAAAAUUAUGAAAUCAAUAUUUUUGGCUUCUAUGUUAAAAGAUUAAUUUAUUUAGA